UAAGAGAAAAGGAGUAACAAGAAAAUGGUAAUAACGAACGAGAGCAGAACCAAAAGGGAAAAAAGUUAGAGUAUAGUAGUAAGGAGUUGAGCGACGGGUUGUUUGGUUUUUCGUACAAGGUGACAAUAAAAUAGGCGCAUGCGUAUGGUUCCCCUUGCCUUAUGUUGACACUUGAAACACAACAUACGACAUAACAAGCUCCAAACGCUCCAAAAUUGAUGCACAAGUGUACAGCACAACGUCAGUAUAUAUACAUACUGUGGUAUGCACUAGCCUAUGUAUGUGUAGCUGCGGUGGUGAUGGAAUGGUGGCAAAUGAUCGAAGGGCAAGGAUGAAGUUUCGAAAUAUGAAGAAGGUGAAAAAACGGGCGAUUCAGACGACUCGUAAGGAGAAACGCAGAGAGAAACGCCAGGAGAAGAAGUUGCAUCGGGCGCAGUACCACAGCCAGAAAAAACCUAUUCCAGGGCAAUUCGUCAGAAGUCCUGGACUUGUAACAAAACAUAUUUGUCAACUUGAACCUCUCAAGUAUAAUCAAGAUAAUGUCAGGGCGAUCAAUGACCAGGAGAGAAAGAGAGUCGAGCAACUUAAGGCCAAGAAGAGGAAAAACCAGUUGCUGAGGGACAACGAACACGAGGAUCGGCUGAUUCACCAAAUGGAAAAGAAGCUCAAGCUCAAUAAACGCAAGAGCAAGACAACACCCAAGUCCUUUACUGUCGAUGGAUUAGAUUAUUUACUUGAUUUUUGCAACGAUGAGAAUAGACAGUCAGCUGUGGAGAAACAGAUAUUGGAGGAUGCUAGUGAUAACUUUGAGGAGGACUUGGCCAUGGUGAUAAAAAACAAAGGAGAGCGCUUUGAAAUAUCCUCUGAAGACGAUGAUGAUUCGUGUUCAUCAGGUGAUUACUCUGACCCAAAUGAUGAGGAGGAAGAGGUGGAAAAAAUGCAUUCAAAAACAUUUUCAAAAUUUCAAGAAAUUGGUGAAGAAGACGAAAAAGUGCCGAACGCCUCUCCGAACGCCCCCGGAGAGGGCCCAUCCCCUGAAGAUGAUGACAUCUGGGAGGACAUUUACGGACGGAAACGGGACAGAUCUGGCCAGGUGGUCCUCACGAACACAAGGUAUAUUCCUCCAGCGGCCCGUCAAUAUCAGGAGGUAUCCCUCCAAGAGAAGGUGAAGAUUCAACGCCUCGAGAAACAGCUCAAGGGCCUGAUAAAUCGGCUAGCAGAAAAUAAUUUGCAGACUGUUGCCAAUGGAAUUGAGCAACUCUAUAUGUCCAACAGCAGGAACAACAUGAACCAACUGCUCUUUAAGCUCAUGACUGAGUCCAUAGUAUCUCCAGUGACGACUCCAGACCGUCUAGUCGCAGAGCACAUGAUGCUUGUGGCUAUUCUUCAUGCCAAUGUGGGGACAGAGGUUGGAGGCCACUUUAUCCUCUCCCUCGUCAAAAAGUUUGAGGAGAUGCGCCAAGAUAAGGGUGAAAUAACAUUGAGCGAGGGCAGCCAGCAGGUGGAGAACAAGCAAAUGGAUAAUCUCCUCAUGAUGAUUUGUCAUUUGUACAAUUUUAAAUUGUUUGCCGGAAUACUUUUGUAUGAAAUACUUGACAAAUUGGUUGAGAGAUUUGGCGAGAAGGAGAUUGAACUUAUUCUUGGAGUUUUGAAAACUGUAGGGUUCGCCCUGAGGAAGGAGAAUCCUCUGUCUCUCAAGGAACUCAUUAUCAAAUUACAGAUGAAGGCUGCUGGAUCUCAGGGAUUUAGGGUGUCAUCGAGGGUUCAGUUCAUGCUGGAUAUUAUCAUGGCUAUUAAAAAUAAUAAUAUGAGUAAAAUUCCUCAGUACGAUCCCUCUCAUGUGGAGCACCUAAAGAAACUUCUGAGGACAUUUUUGCGAAAAGGGAGUGUUAUUACUCAGUUCAAUAUCUCUUUGGAUGAUCUUCUCAAGGUCGAUGAAAGGGGUAAGUGGUGGAUCAUUGGCUCUGCGUGGGGUGGAAAUACAGAGUCAAGAGUGAAAGAUGAGGUCAACUCGGAACAGGUAAUAUACAAUCAGCGGAUUCUGGAUCUUGCUAAGAAACAGAGAAUGAACACUGAUGUCAGGAAGAAUAUCUUUUGUAUUUUAAUGACGGCUGAGGAUUUUAUGGAUGCUUUCGAAAAGAUUCAGCAUCUAGGGCUCAAGGAUCAGCAAGCUAGGGAGAUUAUUUACAUUCUGGUCGACUGUUGUCUUCAGGAGAAGAUGUUCAAUCCCUAUUAUGCAGUUUUGGCGCAAAAGUUUUGUGAUUUUGAUAGGAGAAAUCAGAUGACUUUACAAUAUUUAAUCUGGGACAAAUUAAAGGCUUUGGAGGGUUACUCCAACAUACAACUGAGAAAUUUUGCUAAAUUUCUCAGUCACUUGUUUCUAGAAAAAGGCCUGCCGCUGUCUGUGCUCAAAGUCGUAGAGUUUGGUCAACUCGACAAACCGACAAUGAGACUCUUAAGGCAAAUCAUGCUUAAUUUGCUUAUGUCUGAUAAUACAGAGAAAUGCCUGGAGGCUUUUCAACGAAUCUCUGCUUCUUCACAACUGCAGAUUUUCAGAGAGGGACUUGGACUUUUUAUCAGUCAUUUUUUACUGAAAAAUGCUGAUGUAAAGGCCCUCUCGGAGAAACAAUUGCAGAUGCUAAGGGAGAGAGUUGGAUUGGUAGAUAGGAUUCUUCAAACUCGUGCUAUGAGAACGAUUUUGUAAUUCGGUAACAGUAAAUCUUUCCCAACCACCACUGAGCAAAUUUAAUGUGUAAUAUAUAUAUUAUAUUCUAUUUUUUAUUUUAAAUCGCAUUCUGCUCUGAAAUGCAGUUUAUUAAAUUGACCAUUGAUUUCACAUUUAUUCUUAUCAAAAUAAGAUUUAUAUCUUAUGCAAAAACAACAGUAGACGUCAACACAUUUCCAUCAAACCGGAUCCAUGAACGCAAUCAGGUUCUACUCAUACCCACACUUAACGGAUUUCUCUCAUUCUUCAAAAAAGUAUCUCAUAAAUUCUUCUAAAAGGCGGAAUAUUUU